AGGAGCCACCACCAAAUGGAACACAAGUUAACUUAAACCUAGAGGAAGCUGGUGACAUCUGAAAGAGGGAAAAGUGAGGCAGCAGUGCUCCCUUGCUUUCUAUCUGAUCUAUUGGGAGUUCAGGUUGGAGUAUGUUUGCUACUUAGCAGGCAACUGCAAUUCAGGCACAAGUUAUUGUAAACUCAGAGCGUGAAUAUGGGUGAAAAGAAACCAGAGCCUCUGGACUUCGUAAAAGAUUUCCAGGAAUAUCUUACUCAACAAACACACCAUGUUAAUAUGAUUUCUGGAUCUGUCAGUGGGGACAAAGAAGCAGAUACCCUUCAGGGAGCUGGGGCAGAUGGUGAUCAGAAUGGACUAGAUCAUCCUUCUGUUGAAGUUUCACUGGAUGAAAACUCAGGAAUGUUAGUGGAUGGGUUUGAAAGGACAUUUGAUGGAAAGCUGAAGUGUCGAUAUUGCAACUAUGCCAGCAAAGGAACAGCACGGCUUAUAGAGCAUAUCAGAAUUCACACAGGUGAAAAGCCACACAGAUGCCAUCUAUGUCCAUUUGCAUCAGCCUAUGAACGUCAUUUAGAAGCGCACAUGCGAUCACAUACUGGUGAAAAACCAUACAAAUGUGAAUUGUGUUCCUUCCGCUGCAGUGACAGAAGUAACCUGUCUCAUCAUCGUAGACGCAAGCAUAAAAUGGUACCUAUAAAAGGUACUAGGUCUUCCCUAAGUAGCAAGAAAAUGUGGGGGGUUUUGCAGAAGAAGACCAGCAAUCUGGGCUACAGCAGAAGAUCACUAAUUAAUUUGAGUCCACCUUCCAUGGUAGUUCAGAAACCAGACUAUCUUAAUGAUUUCACCCAUGAAAUCCCAAAUAUUCAAACUGAAGCAUAUGAUACCAUGACAAAAACAACACAGACUAGUGGUCUGCCACGAGAGCCACACGACCUUAUGGUAGACAAUCCAUUAAAUCAGCUAUCAACAUUAGCAGGACAGUUGUCUAGCUUACCACCUGAAAACCAAAACCCAGCAUCUCCUGAUGUUGUACCAUGCCAAGAUGAAAAGCCUUUUAUGAUACAGCAGCCUACUGCACCAGCAGUAGUUUCAUCUGUGUCAACAAAUAUUCCUCAAAGUUCAUCUCCUACUAGCCCGGAUUCUCGGCCGCCACACAGUCAAAGGAACUACAGUCCAGUGGCAGGUCCAAGCAGUGAUCGCAGUGGCCAUACUAGUACUCCUAGCAUAAGUAACAGUCAGCCAAGUACUCCGGCUCCAACCCUUCCAGUUCAGGAUCCUCAGCUUCUGCAUCACUGCCAGCACUGUGACAUGUAUUUUGCAGACAAUAUCCUUUAUACUAUUCACAUGGGAUGUCAUGGGUUUGAAAAUCCUUUUCAGUGCAACAUAUGUGGGUGUAAAUGUAAAAAUAAGUAUGAUUUUGCUUGCCAUUUUGCAAGAGGUCAACAUAACCAACAUUGACUGAAAAUGUGUUUUCAUUUAGUUUUUUUUAAUGUAUUUCAUAUUUGCUGAAGGAUAUCGUGCUCAUCCCCAACUAAAAAAAAAAUCUAAUUAAUAAAUUGACAGUGGAAGCAAAAUUCUUUCCAUGUUCCUGUCCAUAAAAUAUGCCAGGGAUGUUUUACUCAUGGAGAAGGAAGUUUGGUCACUCUGAGGAUUGGCCUGCAAUAAUAUGUUUUAUGUUUGUUACAUUUAAAUUUCUUGCACUUAAAAUCCAGGAAAAAUACAUUCUACAAAUACCAAUCCAGAUUGUGUCAUUUAAACGUAGGUUGCAAUCAUCCGAUUAGGUAUUAAACAACAAAAGAGAUCUUGGUAUCUAAAAUAUGCUAAAAGUUGAUGAUAAUAUGAAAUGUAUGUUAAUAUGGAAACCAUAUUUCUACUUAUAAAGUAACUGCUGACGAGAAUGGAUAAAAUAAUUGCUGUCAGUAAAGAAUAAACUUUUGUGCAUACAUACAAUUUGAAUAUAAAAUGUGUCAGUUUCAUCUGACCAAGAUAUCAGAUUUUUAGUAAAUUCUGAAUUAUUUUGUGUUAGGCCUUUAAACUGCUCUAUUUUUGCUCUGUUUUGUUUUUGUAAGAAAUAGAUUAUAGAUGGGAAGAAAACUAGAAGGUACACACACGCACGCGUGCACACGCACCCACCACACCACCCCACCCCCCCCCCCCCCCCCCCCCCAAUAAGAAAUAGAAAGUAGGCAGUUUUGCUUGAGGACUGUUUUCAUUUUCAAAAUGGUCAAGACAUUCCUACUUGAGUUAUAUAUAUAUAUAUAUAUAUAUAUAUAUAUAAAUAAAAGAACUCAAGUGGGAAAAAAAGUCAUAUUUUAAUUAACUAUCUUGCUAGGUUGCCUAUAUGUUUGGAAGUUACACAUGCUGGUGUAUACACAUUACAACUGACAUGGAAUAAUGUGCCACUGGUCUACCAGAGUCUGAGUUUGUUACCCUUCUGGACCUGCUUAAAAGACCACCUCUCUCCACCACCCCCGCAUUGUUUGUGCGGGAAGACAGGCAUAGGAAUAUUGGAGACUACAGUGUGAAUCUGUGAUUAAUAUUGUUUCUGAAGAUGUACAUGCCGUCCCCUGUAUGGGUUAACUUUUUUAUAUAGUAAAUCUUGAUCAUUGUAAAAGCACCUACUAAUGGAAUGGGCACUUUAAUAAGAAUCUGAAUAAAACAUCCUUGCAAAGUUCCAUGAAAGCACUAGAUAUUUAAACACCUGAAUUUAUCACAUUUCAGAAGAGUGAAUAACUUUCACUGUAUUUUGCAAUGCACUUUGACUUUAUUUCAUUUUGUACUAUUUGUCAUAAGACAAGUUUUUUGUUUUUGUUUUUUUAAAUAUACUAUCCUUGUGAACAUGGACAUCCAAGAUAAAGAGUCCAUGUUUUGUGCACAAUAGGGCAAGACUUUAAAAUGGGGAUUUGGGGGGAUUUUCCCCUGGGGACAUCUGAAUGGCAGAUGUAGGGAUCUGUCCAGAAAUUUCUGUUGUUCUGGAGCAAGAUCCAAAAUCUGUUGAAGUCAACUGAAAGACUUGUUUAUUUUGGUGGGCUUUGGAUCAGGGCCUUGGAGACCAGGCUUUGCCAGAAGAGUUGUGAUACUGGGAAUUUUUCACUAUUAUUUAAUUAGAAGUUUGGGACUUGAGUGCAUGGCUCUACAUUUGUCUAGUAUAAGACUAUUUUUCAUCCUUAUAAUAGCCAAUGAUUUGUGUAGGUAUGUUAUUUCAUUGUGGCUGAUUGAGUGUAGUGUUUAUGAUUGCAGAAGUUAAAAACAGAAAAAGGCUAAUAGGCCAUAUAAUUCACCCCCUGCCAAUUCAGAAGUGGUCUUUACAAUAAAUCACUAGUUAAUAUCAGAGGUGAACUUCCUGGCUAUGAGUUUGAUCCAAAAUCCAUUGACUUCAGUUGACUUUUUUAUAAAACACUUAAGUUUUUGCAUAAAUAAACUUAAGAAUAUUUGGAGAAUACAAUUGCUUAACUACUAUACAUUUUAACAUAAUCAAAAUUUACUAAUUUUUUUUAGAAUUGCUUUUUAAAAUUACACUUCACAAAGAGAACAAAUCUAUAGUUAUAAAAUGUUUGUGCAUAAACAGAGACCUAGAUAUCUGGAAUCAUACACUUGAAUAUCUGUUUUCAUUUUGAAGAUUGCACUAAAUGCUGAAUGAACUAAUCUAGUUGAGGAGAAGCUGUUGCUUUUGUACAGGUUCUAUAAACUGCAAUUUUUUUUUACAAACAAUAGAGUUUGGGAAAAAAUACAUUCUGAAUAGGUCAUAAUUGUAUUGGACAAAUAUCCGUGUACUUUGUUUCAAUCUAACAUCAGCUGAGGCAUGAGUAUUGUACAUAAAACAAAAUGCAAUUAUUACUGUUAGACUAUUAGAAAAACUAAUUGUCUGAUUAGCCCCAAAGGAAAACAUUUGAUACUGUGCUAUACCAGAUAACAUAGUUUUUUUUCUAAAGUUUUUUGGGACUUUGGGGAAGCCAUUAAAUCUACAUGUUUAGGAUUAAACCAGCUAUUCUCAUUUGGAAUUGUGACACAUCAUACAUUAGUUUUAAUAUUGGGUAGUAGAAGUUGCAUAUUGCAACUGCUUGCUGAUUGAAAAUAUACAGACAUUUGCUGUGUGAGACUAUUCCCUUUUAAGUCCAUGGCAAAGCCUGUAAUUCCAAAUUCUACAAAAAUUUUAGAGUUUUUAUCCUUCAUAUCACUAUUCUUGUUUUGAUGCUUAGGUCUAGAGCUUGCAUUAGUAUCCCCUAAAACCAUUCAGUACUUGAAUCAACAUGUAUGUAAAAACCAUGCCUUGGAACUCUAGCAAAAUUGUUCCCAACCUGGUCCAUGCACUACAAAGAUGUACCAGGGCACCUACAGAAGUGACUAGAAAUAAGAGGAUGCCUGCCUAACUCAAUUGCAAAGGGAGCCUUCAUUGGAAGCUGGGAAAUGAUUCACAUGACAAUAAAUAGUGGGGACUACUAAACAGUAGUAUGAAAAUUUGAAAACUUGUGGACCCUACAUGGCAUAUUUUGAUGCUAUUGGAUGUUAAUAAAUUGUAUUCACUUCAGCAAAGUACCCAAGGAAAUUAUAAAAGAGAGGAGUAGAGAAUUGAAACAUUAACUCUUAAAAACAUGUAACAAUUAUAACCAAAUGUUGCUUGUCUCAUACAAGUAGCUCCAUACUCUGCAGAAUUUGGCAUUCAAACCCUGAUCUUACACUAGAGUCUGUGGGGUGGACCCCACUAACUUCAUUGGUGCUCCAGGCACACUCAGUUUUAGAAUUGGGACUGUACGUUACUUAGAAAGCAUAUUGCUGUGUUUUCUGUUGUGCCAAACAGUGAUUUGAUAACACUUAUUUCCUUCAAACUACUAAGUAUGUUUGGAAGGUUCAUUUUGGUUUUAUUAAAAUGGUAGUUUUUCAUAAUUUUGUACUAAAUUGUACAUAGUCUAAUAUUUACUAGAAUGUAAAAUAAAAGAGCACAAUUAAUAUUGCAAAGCUGCUUAUGGAUGUGAUCCUGCAAACUUUAUUCUCACAAAUAAGCUUUAUUCUUACAAAAGUCAAUAAGAAAUACAAGUCACAAAGGAUUUGUAGGAUCAGGCCCUAGAUUAGUAAAACUUUCAUAGAGAAUUCUAAAUGUGCUUAUCUGCACUAACUUUAAAAACAAAUCUGUAUAUCAUUUUAUAAGAAGCUGUUUAGCUUUUUAAUUUGUAUUAACAAGGAAAGUUCAGGAUAUGAGUUGAAGCUUUUCCACAGGUUAAGCUCUAUAUUUGGAAAACAUUAACUUUGUUACUUUUUAUUGUUAUGAAAUAUUUUAUAAAACUGUUGUACAAUUUUAAACAUGCACUAUUUAUCAUACUCUUAAUACAGACGUCUGAGGAUUUUCUGUUCAGUGAUCCUUCAGAUAUUGGAUUGAAGAUGUGGGUAGGAGAUUAAUGGUCUCAGUUAAUAUUUAAAAUAAACCAACUGUGAAGCAACUAACAGAAUAAUAUUUGAUUUUUCCAAAUGCAAUGUUUAGCUUUGGAUGGCUUUUAAAAAACAUUUUAUUUGUAAUAUAACCUACAGCUCUCAGUGCAAGAAAAAGGCAUAUUCUGAUGUUAUUUCAUAGCAGAAUUUGAGCUAUGUUGGACAUGCUUUUGUUAUGGAUUUUUUUUUCCUUAAAGGGAAUUUCAGUAGAAAGUUUCCCAUCAGUUUAAGUUUCUGUGAAAAUACAUAGUCAACAGAUGUUCUGUUGCAGGGUGAGGGGUGGGAGAGUGGGAGUAUUUCCCUGCUGAGGCAUUUUUCACUGAGAAAUCUUAGCAUAUGAUAAUUCCAGCUUCUAGUUCCUGCUUUGUUAAUGUGUAUUUCAAUGUAAAAAGCAUAUUUUGUAUGCAAAAGAUGAGACUUGAGUUAGUUGUAAAGCAAGUUUUAUCGUGUAGUGAUACUGUUUUUAGAAAACAAAGUUUAAUUCUGAAAUUACUAUAUCUAGUUUAGUUCAUGUUGUGGAGCUUUGUUUUGUAAGAUAUGAAUAAAAACCCCUUUCUAAUGA